AUGGAAGGAGUGAUACCUGUUCUAUAUUCAGGUUGGAUCUAUGACAUGUUGGACAGCGGAGGAACCUUUGUCAAAAGUGGAGACGCUUCUGAAACACAAUUAAAAAGCAAGUUAGGUACAUAUAUCAAUAUUCAACAUUACGCUGCUACCACUAUAAGUGCUUGGAAGUUAGUAUCCAAAAUAAAGGAGACUCAUCCAUCCGAUGAUAUAAUUUGUUCUUGGUUUUAUUAUUGGUUGGGAAAUAAGGUUAAUGUAAAUGGAGACCAUACGCGAAAAGUGUUGUCACAAACCAUGCAAGAAUUUUACGAAGCGCUGAAAGAAGUUCUCCGUGAAAAUGAAUGUAAAUGUAACCCCUUAACCCAUCAUAAUAGCUGGGAGAACUUCUCUCAGGAAAAAAUAAAAUUCGACCAUAGUCAAGACUAUGAACCAAAACAGGAGACACUACAGAAGUAUUAUCAAUCUUGCGAUGGGGACUAUUAUAAACAAGGAGGCCGAGAAACUUCCCCUAAAGUUCCUUCUGCCUCCGAAGUGAAGGAACAAUGUCGUAGGUGGUUGGUCGAAGGUGAUAUUAGUGGUGAUGGUCCCACCACCACUAGAGCAUAUUGUACCAAAUUCAGGGACACAUAUAAAACAUAUUGCCAACAACAUUCAUCCGAAGCAGGAUGUGAUGUGUCCAAAGCAGAAACUAAGGAAGUUGAAGCUGCAACAUUAGUGGUGUCCACCGGAUCGGCAACCGCCGCUCCUAUCGUAUCUUCUGUACUUGGAAUAGGGGCAUUACCAGCAGUAGCUUUCCUUUUAUAUAAAUAUGAUCUUCUACCUCCUGUAAUACGUAACACCUUUGGGGGGAAAAAUGGAAAUAACACAAGAAAAAAAAGAUCCACUACCAAACAUGAUUUUGAUACACUAACAAUGGACACUUCCACAACAUUAUAUUCUACAGAGAAUUCUUCAACGUACGGCGGAAGUAUAGCUGAUUCCACAGAUGAUUCUACUUUAUAUAAUGAUGGACGGCGCAGGAGUGGCGGAAGGAAUAGGGGAAAUAAUAAUAGAAGGAGUACGCAACAAGAGCGGCAACACAGGCAACAACAAAAGCAAAGAACCAAUAUAAAAUAUCAUGCCACGUAA